UUUUGAUAUCGGGACACCUCAGAGGACAUAGCAGGCGAGUAGAAAAGCCAAGAACGAACAAAAUACCCGUGACAUACAGGUUUUCACACCGAGUCGUCAAUACUUGGAACCUGCUGCCUGAAGCAGUGGUGUCCGCACCUUCAAUUGACUCUUUCAAGAGGAGACUGGACACUCACAGAAGCAUACUAGAGAAGGAAUAACAUAGGCCGUAGGCCUUCUGUCCUUACUACACAAAUCUGAAUCUGAAUCUGAAUAAUCAAUCGUAGUUGAAAAUCUUAGUUCGAACUUCGACCUCUGACAAGGUCAGUGGAUCCGUUCCAUUGGGUCGUCUUAUGUAGUCUGGUAUGAUUUCUCUCUCUGUUUUGUUAGCACUUUUCAUUGGUGGAAAAGAUGACCUGCUUUAUUACAAUGAACACUUCGAAGGCGAAUUGAGUGAUGCACCCUUAGGACGUCUAAUUCCUACGUUGGUGACGUUUUAUAACCAAUAUUCAAGCGAGCCCUACAGAUAUGUGGCAUUUGACGCUAACCAGACAUUACAAACUAAUAUAAGGGGUUAUAGAUAUCGUUUCUCUGUUUUGUUGGCCCCCACUAUUUGCCCCAAAUACCAAGCGGAAUAUAUAUCUAUUGCGCACUUGGGACCUUGCUCGUUGAAAGCAUAUGGAUAUCAACAAUGCAAUUUCGUUUUAAGCUUUCGAAAGGGUCUACUGUAUGAUGAUAGCACGUUGUACCUUGAAGGUUGUCGAUCUGCUGUCCCGAGAAUGCCUGUAAACCUCGAGUACUUAGGCUUUAAGUUGCCUGCAAACGUGGAGGAGAAAUAUGCACAAUUUAAGUUAACAUAUAGAAAACAGUAUCAUGAGACAGAAGACGAGAUUAGGUUUAAUAUCUUCAAAUUGAAUAUCUUGAAAGCUCAAUUGUAUCAGGUAUUUGAAAGAGGUUCAGCCAUUUAUGGAGUGACACCUUAUUCAGACUUAACAACUGAUGAAUUCGCACGCACUCAUCUAACUGCUUCCUGGGUAGUGUCGUCUAGUACAAAUAAUACACCAAUUUCUCUGGAAAAGGAGGUUAAGAAUAUACCAAAAAACUUCGAUUGGAGAGAAAAAGGCGCUGUAACUGAAGUAAAAAAUCAAGGAAUGUGUGGCUCUUGUUGGGCGUUCUCAACCACUGGUAAUAUUGAGAGUCAGUGGUUCCGCAAAACUGGAAAGUUAUUAUCAUUAAGUGAGCAGCAACUUGUUGACUGUGACGGUCUAGAUGAUGGUUGUAAUGGUGGUCUUCCAUCGAAUGCCUAUGAAUCAAUCAUAAAAAUGGGUGGUUUAAUGCUUGAAGAUAAUUAUCCUUAUGAUGCUAAAAAUGAGAAAUGUCAUUUGAAAGCUGAUAAUGUUGCAGCUUACAUUAAUAGUUCAGUAAAUUUAACUCAAGAUGAAACAGAACUUGCUGCAUGGCUUUAUCAUAAUUCAGCGAUUAGUGUUGGUAUGAAUGCGAUGCUUUUACAGUUUUAUCGACAUGGAAUUAGUCAUCCAUGGUGGAUCUUCUGUUCAAAGUAUCUGCUUGAUCAUGCGGUUUUACUUGUUGGCUAUGGAGUUUCCGAAGAAAAUGAGCCAUUCUGGAUUGUAAAAAACAGUUGGGGUGUUGAAUGGGGUGAAAAAGGUUACUUCCGUAUGUAUCGAGGUGAUGGUACUUGUGGCAUUAAUACUGUUGCUACGUCAGCGUUGAUCUACUAGGGAGUGUGGGUAUAUGUGUUCCUUUUUUCAUCUCAAAACAAUUUAUCUCAUUCCUAACAGAAUCUCAAUUUAAUUCCGUAUUAUUUUGUUGAAAAUACUUUUUUCAGAUCCUGAUUUAUUUUAAACCUCCACUUCUCUCAUCAUCUGACAUUUUUUUAAAUUAAUGAAUAAACUCCACUACGAAUCUCUGUAAAACACCCACUAUUAGUUUCUUUUUAUUUUUGAUGGUGGAUGGGAAGGGGAGAAUAAUCUAUUUUGGACAACUGCCUUUCUAAUUUCAGUAAUCUCAUAAACAUUUUGUAUUAAUUAUUUUUAGAAACAUUAUGCUCAGUGCUUUAGGUCACAAUUUUCUUAAAUAUAAAAUUC